UGUCAAAAAAAUAUUGUAAACAAAUGGGAAAUUUUGUGCAUGCUCUUUUUUAACGAAAAUAUUAAAGUUAAAUCGGUUUGCCUGGGUAAAAUUAUUUUAAGUUGAGCAUAUUUGGACCACGUGGAAAAUAAAAACGCAAUAGAGUUAAUUCCAAUGCAAUAAAUCAUGGAAGAUCUCGAUAUUUGCAUUAAAGAGGAGAAUUAUGAUGGAUUCGAAGAGUCAUUCAACGAUUUAUCGACUCCGUCAGUUGAUGCAAUGGUAAAAGAAGAAAAAUAUGACUAUGCCGACUACGUAGUUUAUCAAAGUGUGCCAUGGGAACAAAAUGAGGAGCAAAAUGUAGUCAAAGAACAUACUUUGUUUGAGUAUGAAAAGGAUUCGAUAAUCAAUACAGAAAUUAAAAUAGAAGAGUCAGUGUUGGCAGACAACUCACAAUUGGCUGAAGUAAAUGUGUGUUUAUCACAAUCGCAAAAUAAAACAAAACAAACAAAAAGAUCGCGUAAAACCGCCGGCACCAAGACAAAAUCGAAGAAAAACCAAGUCAAUCCAAAAGCAAAAUACAUUCAAUGUGAAUACUGCUGUGAGAAGUUUAUCACACAAUUAAGUUUAAUCACACAUACACACCGUUGUCAUUCAAAAGUGCUCAAAUUUAAAUGUCGAGUGUGUACAAUGCGAUUCAUUGAUGUGGAACAAACGAAGAACCAUGAAUCUGAUUGUAAGAUCCGUCGCUAUGAGUGUUAUUUGUGUGGCUAUAGUUUUUUUGCAUCCAUCAUGGCAACGUUUUUUGGUUCAUUUUCGUAAGCACACCGGUGAAACUCCAUUCAAUUGCAAGUGUUGUGCCAAAAAAUUUACAAGUAAACGAAUGCUUAACUUUCAUAUGAAAUAUCAUCCAAAUGAAAUUUUAUUGAAAUGUUCGUUUUGUGAACGAAAAUUUGAAACAAUCGGUGGAGCAAAAGAACACGAAUCAAAUUGUUCACUUCAACGAAAAUAUGAAUGUCAUUUAUGUAAAACAACAUUCACGUAUAGGUCAAGUUUGAGGCGACACAUGCCACAACAUACGGGUCAGUUUACAUUCAAUUGUCAAUACUGUAAAAAAGGUUAUGCUCGAAAGGAUUUUCUCGAUAUUCAUUUGAAAACGAAACACACAAUCGAACUACAGUUUUCAUGCACAAUAUGUGACCUAAGAUUUUCACAAAAAAAUCUUGCCGAUGAACACAUGCUGAGCUGUAAAAUGAAGAGAAAACUUUUCAAUUGUGACUUAUGCAAUUAUUCUACCAUAUCCAAGUCGUAUGCCGAAGACCAUAGACAACAGCACAUUGGUUCCGAUGAGUUUAAGUGUUUGCAUUGCUCUGAAAUCUUCUUACAGCGCAGUAAACUUGUUCAUCAUGUAAAAACUCACAACAAGAAAUCGAAAUUUAAAUGUCCGCAUUGCGCUAGGCCAUAUGCACGAUGGUUAUUCAUGGAAAAACAUAGACAAAAUUGCCAUUUUUUACCAAGUAACAAUGAAUAAAAUUUAAAAAAAAAA